AAUUGAAGAAAGUGCAAAGCAACUAAACACUAGUAAUUAAAAAAUGAGUUCCAAUUCCAGAGAGAGUCAAGUUCACCCAGAAAUAGCAAAGGUCGAGGAUCCUUACCUCUCUGCUGUGUUACUUUGCUUUAGCCGGGUCCUCCCUGCAGUCCUAAAUGCAGCUAUUGAUCUCAAUUUGUUUGAUAUCAUAGCAAAGGCACAGAGUUCAUGUGACUCAAGUUUCUCAGCCUCUGAGAUUGCUUCUUUGCUUCCAAAUCAACACCCACAAUUGGCUAAUAGGCUUGAACGCAUAUUACCUUUGUUGGCCAGUUAUUCUCUUCUAAAUUGCUCCAUUCGCACAAAUGAAGAUGGUAAGAGAGAAAGAGUUUAUGCUCUCUCACCCGUUGGUGCAUACUUUGCAUUUGAUAAGGAUGAAGGAAGUUCUUUGGCUCCUCUCUCUUCUUUAAUCCAUCGCGGAUUUCAUGACAUGUGGAAGGAUGUAAAGGAUGCAAUUGUGGACCCUAACAACAAUAACCAUUUUGAAAAUGUGCAUGGAAUACCACCAUAUGAUUAUAUGGAGAAAAAUGCUGAGCUGAAUGACAUUUUUUACAAAGCAGUAAUUCACGCUGCCCCACUAGAAUUGAAAAGGGCACUCAAACUAUACAAAGGAUUUGAGGGAGUGUCAACACUUGUUGAUGUAGGAGGUGGAGCUGGAGAGACCCUGAAACAGAUUCUCCCAAAAUAUCCUUCAAUGAAAGGAAUUAAUUUUGAUUUGCCUCUGGUGAUUCAAAAAGCACCACCUCACCCAGGUAUAGAGCAAAUUGCAGGAGAUAUGUUUGAAAGUGUUCCAACUGGUGAUGCCAUUUUAGUGAAGUUUGUAUGUCACAAUUGGGCUGAUGAAGAUUGUAUAAAGUUUUUAAGAAACUUUCACAAAGCCUUGCCACAACAUGGAAAAGUGAUUGUUUUCGAAUAUAUAAUACCAGAAGUCCCGAAUCCAAGCUAUAUAUCCAAGCAUACUUGUACUCUCGACAAUGUCAUGUUUUUAGCACAUGGUGGAAGGGAAAGAACUCAGAAGGAAUUUGAGAACUUGUGCAAGAGCUCUGGUUUUUCCAAGUUUCAUGUAGCAAGUAGUGACAUCUCAUCUACGUUAGGAGUAAUGGAAUUCUAUAAGUAGAAAUUGCCCAUGACAAAUAGUAAUUUGAAUCUAUGAUAGCCCACAUGUUACAUUGGGUGCAUCCAGACCCAAAAGCCUUUAAAUAAAUUGGGCCCAGUUGCAUAAAAUCUGAUGUUGGCCCGGCAUAUGUUAGCCCACUGGUCAGCAACUGUGAGAUUAUUUAUGUUAUUGCUUUUGAGACUAUGUAAUCAUGAAUAAAAAGUUUGGAUAAAUAACUUAUGUAGUUCCAAUAUUUUGGAAAUCAUCAAUUUGGUUUAUAAAUGAUAAUUGUUAAGACAAGUUA